AUGGCACAGGUCUCGACUACUUCUCUCCCCUCAACUUUAAAUACGCUCUUCGAGGACUCGAAACUCAAGGACCGGUAUGAUGCCGUCAGUCUCACUUCCGCUGAGGCCCUCUCAACACUGCAACUCCCGCUAGCACAAGCUGUAUUUGGACACGGCAAGCUCUCUGCUGAUGAUGAGGAUGCUCUCACCCGCGUAUCCAGCGGCGAGAUAUCCUACACAAACUACGUGGCAAAGAGGGCAAGAUCUGUCCUCGAGCAGCAGGAAAAUCAGCAUGAUGAUGGCUUAACACCUUCUCAGCGGCAGUCUCAACUGCUCCAUAUCGGUAUUGCUGCACUUUUCAGUUUUCUGCAGUCAAAUGUCACGGGUCCGCCCUUAGACUUCAAUCCAGCUGAGGUUGUUCUUUCUGUUAUUCUCAAAGAAGAGAAUAACGCGACGAGUCUCAAGGCUGUUCGAGAUAAGAUUAUUCGUGAUCUCUCUGUUGAUGGGGAGGCAGCUUACCAAUUAACACCGAACGUGGAGCUUUUCGCUGUUGCCAAGGCCCUCCUUGUGGAUGUUGAUGUGCCUGCAUUUGUCGAGGGAAAGAAUGGCCCCGGGGAGCUAGUGGCGAGGCUGGAGAAGAUGCGUGUCAACUUUUUGCACCAGAAAAUGUUGUCAGAGGUUACUGGGUCUUUGCAGGACGCUAUUUAUGCUGACCUUGAGGAUUUGGGGAAGAGGCUACUCGAUGAUAGCAGCUCAACCGAGGAUCAGGGGAGAUUCUUGGUUGAAAGGGCGAAUAUUCAUACGCAUCAUGGUUUUGACGCCAAGGCUCGAGCGGAUCUCGAGCGAGCGGCAGCGGUACGCGGAUUUGAGUUUGCCUUGACAGGGAAACUGGGCAAGAGGACCAAGUUCCAAGAUCGCGAUAUCAGCCAGCUUGUGGUUUUGGCGAAAAGUGCCGAUAAUACCGCAGAUUCAACAGCCUCUGAUAAACAAUCCGGACCCAAGACGGUCGAUCUGAAUGAUGAUACCCUUUUGGAAACGAUAUCGUUUGCUAAAGGGGAUGUGCAGCAACCACUGGAAGGGAAGUCGGGAGCUGUUCAGGACGAGUCUUCACUACCAGCAGCUCUGGCAUUGCUGGAUCCGGGCAAUCAACCCCUUCUCGAUCCUGUCGAUUCGACUAUACUCCUGGCUUUGGCGUCAGCUAUUACCAACACCGCUCCCGAGAACGGGUUGACCCGCGAGGAGACCCUACCCUAUGCAACCCGUGUCCUUGAUGGCGGAAGCUCCAACUGGCAGAUCUAUACGCAAGCGUUGCUGGUUCGAAGUCGCAUUGAAGGAUACAAAUCAAGGACUGUAGAAAGAAGUGUCUUGCAAAUGCAAGCUCUUGUUGACCAAGUCAUCGCUGAUACUGCUGCAGUUGGCACAGCAGCAGGUAAUUCUGCGGAAGCACCUACGACUUUCCUUCCACGGCCAGAAAAGUCGGAGUCGGCCUCAGCUUCUGAGCGACUAGAGUAUAUUUGGCUCAUGGACUUUUCGACACGAUGGGAUCUCGAGGCCGAGUUGGCCUCUCGCUGGGUGAAACUUGGAGGCUUGCGCACUGCUCUUGAGAUUUACGAGCGGCUACAGAUGUGGGCCGAGGCUGCGCUCUGCUAUGCUGCUACUGAUCGGGAGGAGAAGGCUAGGGUUAUAGUCCGCAGACAGCUGUACGAACCUAUGAACAAAGUUGCCGGAGAAGACGAGGAAAAUGAAAAAUUCCAAGGUCCAGAGCGGUCUCCCCUUCCCGCGAACGCUCCCCGACUGUUCUGUAUUCUGGGUGAUAUCGACACGGAUCCAUCCAUGUAUGAACGGGCCUGGGAGGUGUCGAACAAGAGAUAUGCUCGUGCCCAGCGCUCUCUUGCUCGUCACUACCUCACAUUGAAGCCCCCAGCACUGGAAAAGGCUGAGGAGGCAUAUCGCAAGAGUCUACAGAUCAAUGGCCUCAACCAUGGUGCCUGGUUUGCUUUGGGAUGCGUACAGCUCGAACUGGAGAAGUGGGGGGAUGCCAUCGAAUCCUUCACACGGACCGUCCAGCUCGAAGAGGCCGAUGCUGAAGCAUGGAGCAACCUCGCUGCGGCCAUUCUUCACGCUCCACCAUCCAAACCGAUCAGCCUCACAUCCGAACCCGUCGACACCGAGACCGAGGAGCCCUCGACAGCAGACACAAAGCCAGUAGAUCCCUACAAGCAGAAACGAGAAGCCCUCGCUGCACUCCACCGCGCCGCGCAACUCAAACACACUGACCACCGCAUCUGGGAUAACGUCCUCACAGUAGCGUCCUCGAUCCCACCGCCCGCAACUCCCUUUCGAGAUGUCAUCCUCGCCCAGAGAAGACUCAUCGAACUUCUCGGUCCAAAGAAGGGCGAGAAAUGCAUCGAUCUCCCCAUCCUCGGCAUGCUAGUGGACUUCCUAGUCAACAACUUCGAGUACGAGGAUCUCCUUAUCCCCGCGAAUAGUCCCGAUAAUACCACGCAGGAAAAGAUACUCCGCAGCGGCAGUAUGCCUGGCCAAAUCAUCUCGUUACUUGACGACUGCGUCGUGCCUCUAAUCACGCACUCAGCACCACUAUGGCUGCUCGUUGCACGGGUCGAACGGUUCCGCAACAAACCAUCCAAGGCGUUUGAGGCGCACGAGAAAGCGUGGCGCGCUACCAUUACAUCCUGCACGCAGGGCGCGUUCCAGAUGGGCGAUGAGAAGAGAUGGAAUGAGGUUGUCCAGGCCACGGAGCGGCUUGUCAGAGACGGAUAUGCGCGGUUUGGGCCGAUGGAGAAGGAGAAGGAGAGGGAGAAAGAGGCGGGUGAAAAAGAAGAUGGAGAUGGAGAUAGGGAGUCUGAGCUUGUCGCUAACGAUUGGAGGUUCAAAGCCCGCAGUGCUGUUCGUGGGAUUAUGGGGAAGGGAAAGGAGUACUGGGAGGAUACGGAGGGAUGGAACCGGUUAAAGGAGUUGCAGUCUGAACUUACUGGAGGGGCGUGA